AGCACGCGGCAGUUAGCGGACACUAGGCCGAUAGCACGUCUGGCACUCUGUCAGGGACUCGCUCUCGCAUUUGAGUGGGAUCGAUGGAGGGCAACCUGCUUGUCGACCCGGCCGCGGCGAGCCGGCGCGCCACCACGGCGGCGCGCUGCCACCGCGUGGCAGGCCGGAGCGGUGCGAGGUUCUUGAGCUGCCCUUGCUCUGCUUCCAGAGAUGAGCCGGCGACGAGGGCCUGGGCGUCCUAUUCCUCCGCCGGUAACAUGCCCAGGGCGGUGAAGUCGGCGUCACGCGUGAACGGGUGGAACGGAAAUGGCCACGGGUGGACGCCGGCGAGGGAGGAGAGCUGCGUCCUGGAUGCCAUGGAGGACGAGUACGGCGGAAUGGUCGUCGACGCCGACCGCCUGCCGUCCGACACGGGCGGGUUCGCGGGGUCCCUGGCGGCGUCGCUCUCCUGCUGGAAGUCGGCGGGCAAGAAGGGGGUGUGGCUGAAAUUACCGCUGGACCGCUCCGAGUUCAUUCCACUAGCAGUAAAAGCAGGCUUCAGGUACCACCACGCAGAGGAGAAGUAUCUGAUGCUAACGUACUGGAUCCCUGACGAGCCCUGCUUGCUCCCGGCGAAUGCCUCUCACCAGGUUGGAGUUGGGGGCUUCGUGAUCAACGACAAAAUGGAGGUUCUUGUGGUGCAAGAGAAGUAUUCUGCUUCAACGUCGCUUGGUGCUUGGAAACUGCCAACGGGAUUCAUCCACGCGUCGGAGGAGAUUUUUACAGGAGCUGUCAGAGAGGUCAAGGAGGAGACUGGAUUCCUUCGAUGCAUUAUGCAGAUUGACACUGAAUUUAUGGAACUGAUUGCUUUCAGGCAUGCGCAUAACGUGGCGUUCCAAAAGUCGGACCUGUUCUUCAUCUGCCUGCUGAGACCACUAACCAACGAAAUCAAGAUCGACGAAACGGAAAUUCAAGCAGCGAAGUGGAUGCCGCUCCCGGAGUUCAUCGAGCAGCCGUUCAUCCAGGAGGAUCACAUGUUCAGGAAGAUCUCCGACAUCUGCGUGCAGCGCCUCCGGAGGCGCUACUGCGGGCUGACGGCGCACCACGUGGUCUCCAAGUUCGACGGCGGGGCGUCCACCUUGUACUACAACGUCGCCGAGCCCGAGCGCGGAGACCUGAGCUGCGACGCCGCCGCCUGACGGAUCACUGGCUGUCUGGCUGCUUCUACUUCUGUUUCUCAUAGAUCCAUGUAGGGUGUAAUCCCAAUUCCCCCAAAAUUUACCCGUGGGAUGCUUUGGCACGAGGCGCCGUGAACUAUGCCGAUCGAUCGCCAGCGUCGCGAUCUGUAGGGUACGCAUCUGUGCAGAAGAUUCAUCGCUUCUGUUCUCAAAAAAAAAAAAAA